UAUUGGCUGAAUAAGAAGCAGAUCAGGCAAAGGGAGAUUAAUCCUGUACUACUUUUAAGCGAUCUUGUGACUCACGAGAGUCUCACAAAUAGAAAAACAAAGGCAUCACAAGACUCUCAAGAACAAGUGUGUAAAAAGAUGGAUGGAGAAGUAAUGGAGAAAGCAGGGACAAGCAGCAUGACAGGUGCAACAAAGAAGAAAAGUGAGCAACAGGUGCUAGACGGUUCGGAUAUAAUGAAGUUGGUUGGGAAUGAGGAGGUGUUUAGCGACUUUGUUGAUCAUAAGUUCCAGGAACUUGAUAGAGACGAAGAUGGUCAGCUUUCUGUGAAGGAGCUUCAGCCUGCUGUUGCUGAUAUUGGUGUUGCCCUUGGCUUGCCUGCUCAGGGUUCUUCUUCUGAUUCUGAUCAUAUCUACUCUGAGGUUUUGAAUGAGUUUACUCAUGGCAAACAAGAGAAGGUAAGUAAGACCGAGUUUAAAGAGGUUCUCUCGGAUAUUUUACUAGGCAUGGCUGCUGGCUUGAAACGAGACCCUAUUGUCAUCCUCCGUAUUGAUGGAGAAGACCUGCAAGAGUUCAUCAAUGGCCCCAGCUAUGAAGCAGAGAUGGUCUCCAUAUUCUCUCAAAUAGACUCACCUCAUGAUUCACUACGUGAUUACAUUAUCAAGGCCCUCGAUAAACUUACUGUUGAACAAGGGAUGCCCCCUUCCUCUGAUUCUUGGGUUAUGAGCAACAUUGUGGAACCAGCCAUGCAGUCCUGUGGUAUAGAUGAACAUGGAAAACCUGUUUCUGAAGAGACAUUCUUGGUGGAGUUUAAGAAAGUAGCGGAGUGUGUAGCUCAACAUUUAAGAGAGCAGCCUGUUAUUGUUGCGCAUAGUGAAAACACUUUCGACGGAAGUGGCAUUAAGAGACUUCUAUCCAACAAGUUUGAAUUGGAAAAGACAAUCAAUACAGCUCUGGAGAAUGUGCCAAAAGAUCGUAAUGGAAAAUUGUCCAAGGACUAUUUACGUGUAGCAUUAGAUACAUUGGCUCCAUCAGCUGAUUUACCUCCAUUUGGUGCUGUUGAUCAGAUGGACAAGGUUUUUGGUGAUGCUUUCAAAAUGGUGAAUGCUGAUGAUGGGAAGAUAAUAAAGGAAGAAGAGUUCAAGAAGAUUCUGACUGAAAUUCUGGGAAGUAUUAUGCUGCAAUUAGAGGGCAAUCCCAUCCCAAUAUCUACAAAUUCGGUUGUGCAUGAGCCUCUUGCCACUCCUUCAUCUACACUUUUGCAGCCAUCUUCCUAAUUACGCUCAAUCAUAGGCUUUAUAUAUAUAUUUGAAGGGAAACAAAAAAGAGAAUACUUUUUUAUAUGUUAAGUAUUGCUAGCUUAAGUUGUGUAAUGUGUUAUUGUGGUUAUGAAAUUUGAUGCUUGAGAUAUGCAGAUAUAAAACUAAUUAAUUAAUUCGAGCAAAAGAUUGUUGUUGUCUCUUUUUCGAUGUACCAGCUAGAGGUUUGUUUUAUCCUUUAAUGGGAUUUGGGAACCUUCUAAUUAAUUAAUAUAGUUCUGUAUUUGCUUCUUCAAGGCUGUAAAAA